UUACUCGCCGCUAAUUAGAUUAAACGACGGGAAUCGUCUUUGGCGGAGCCCUAAUUCUCUCUCCUCUUUUUCCACCACCGGCCGAGAGCAGAGAAGAAGAGGUGCUCUCAACCCUCUCCUCCUGUGUCGUCACGGAGAUCCCCGUCGGCUUUUGGAUCGCAGUUGACGUUCGAAAGAUUCGUUCUUUGGCUGUUCCCUAGGCGCGGACCAGGAAAAAGAUCCCACCUUGGUGGUUCCGGAGGGAAGCGAGUCUUCUUUUUGGUCUUCGUGCUUUAAUCGCUUCCCGGUGUGCCGUUUGUCGCAAGCUAUGUGGGGGGAUGUGACUGUUGAGGAAGGGUAGUUGUUGUCACGGAGACAUUUUGUAGAUCCCGGUGACCGAGAUCGAAUUGGAAGCCAUGUUUGGAUCGAGGAGGGUCGACGAUGAGAUGGAGCUUAAGAAGGAGAGAGCCGUAAGGUUCUAUCAUGAUGAGAAACAAAAUCCAGCUAAAACCACAUACCAGGGCUUGAAACCUGGUGGUUACAUAUCCAAUAAAGUUGGUAGUAUCAACACCGGGAAGUCCAUAGUUUUUGCCGAGGACCACGAGCCUUGGAGGAAGCGCAUACUUGAUCCAGGAAGUGAUACUGUAUUGAAGUGGAAUCGUGUUUUUCUCAUCUCAUGCUUGGUUGCUCUGUUCAUAGAUCCAUUGUAUUUCUAUUUGCCCAAAGUUGAGAAGAGUGAUACUACAUGUGUUAGGAUGGAUAACAAUGUAAGUGUUGCCGUUACGUUUUUCCGGACACUUGCUGAUCUGUUUUACAUAUUGCAUAUUGUGAUAAAGUUUCGGACUGCAUAUGUGGCUCCGAGCUCAAGGGUGUUUGGGCGAGGGGAGCUUGUUAUGGACCCUAAAAAGAUUGCUAGGAGAUAUUUGAGAUCAGACUUCAUUAUAGAUCUAGCAGCUGCACUUCCUCUGCCACAGAUUCUUAUUUGGUCAGCUAUUAGGAACUCAAGAGCUGAUCAUAACAAUAAUGCCCUUGCUCUGAUUGUGCUAGUGCAAUAUAUACCAAGAUUGUAUCUCAUAUUUCCUUUAAGUUAUCAAAUAGUUAAAGCUGAUGGUGUUGUCACAAAGACUGCUUGGGCUGGUGCUGCAUAUAAUCUACUGCUUUACAUGAUUGCUAGUCAUGUUUUAGGAGCUUCAUGGUAUUUACUAUCAGUCGAACGGCAGAUGACAUGUUGGAAAUCAGAAUGCAGGAAGGAAAAUGGCACUAUUGUGUCAUUAUGCAGACCUAGAUAUUUAGACUGUGACUCCUUAAACCAAGCAGAUCGUCAGCGUUGGGCUACGUCUACACAAGUGUUCGACAACUGUGAUCCUAAUAAUGCUAAUACCACUUUCAACUAUGGUAUUUUCCAAAAUGCUUUGACAAAUGAAGCUUUCUCUACGGAGUUUAUCAAGAAAUACUUCUAUUGUCUUUGGUGGGGUUUGCAAAACCUAAGUUCAUAUGGUCAGACUUUGACAACAAGCACUUUCAUUGGAGAGACUUUGUUUGCUAUACUUAUCGCAAUUCUUGGCCUAGUUUUGUUUGCACACUUGAUUGGAAACAUGCAGACAUACCUCCAAUCUAUGACUGUGAGACUUGAAGAGUGGAGACUAAAGCGCAGAGACACAGAAGAGUGGAUGAGACAUCGUCAACUUCCUCAUCAUCUACGAGAAAGGGUUAGAAGAUUUGUUCAAUAUAAAUGGCUUGCAACACGCGGAGUGGAUGAAGAAUCCAUAUUGCAGGCUUUACCUGCUGACCUUCGUCGAGAUAUUCAACGUCAUCUGUGUUUGGAUCUUGUUCGACGGGUUCCUUUUUUUUCACAGAUGGAUGAUCAGCUUCUAGAUGCCAUAUGUGAACGUCUGGUGUCCUCCCUAAGCACAGAAGGCACGUACAUUGUUCGUGAGGGUGAUCCCGUGACAGAGAUGCUUUUCAUUAUCCGUGGCAGAUUAGAGAGUUCAACUACCGAUGGAGGCCGAACUGGUUUCUUCAAUUCAAUAACAUUGAGGCCUGGGGAUUUCUGUGGUGAGGAACUGCUUGCUUGGGCUCUUCUUCCGAAGUCGACGGUGAACUUACCUUCCUCCACUAGAACUGCAAGAGCACUAGUUGAAGUUGAGGCCUUUGUAUUACGAGCGGAGGACCUCAAGUUUGUCGCCAAUCAAUUUAGGCGUCUCCACAGUAGAAAGCUGCAGCACACAUUCCGCUUCUAUUCACAUCACUGGAGGACAUGGGGUGCAUGCUUCAUUCAGGCAGCUUGGCGUCGCUACAAGAGGAGAAAGAUGGCAAAGGAUUUGAGCAUGAUGGAAUCAUUCAAUUCUCGAACAGAUGAGCAGGCAGCUGAUGAAUCAGGGCAGGAGGAAGAUGAAGUAGGCACAUACUCUACAAGCACUUCUCAACCUAAACAAAACCUUGGGGUCACUAUUCUGGCUUCUAAGUUUGCGGCGACCACUAGAAAGGGAGCUCAGAAGAUCAAGGGCAUUGACAUGCCCAAGUUACAGAAGCCAGAUGAGCCUGACUUCUCUUCAGAAACUUAUGAUUAGUUGCGCUUGUUAUGAUGGCAGCAGCAGCUGCUUACUGAAUUCUCUUUGAAUUAGAAAAUAUGGGUUGAGGAUGGGUUUUUACAUUGUAAAUGCAAAUCGUCACUAAAACCAUACAUGGCUAAUCUGAUACUCUGGUGUCACCUUAUCUAAAAUAGAGUUAAGAAGAAAGGUAUCCGAUAGAAAGGUGACAUAUCAUGUGUUUUUUAGUGUGAGUAUGUUUUGCUUCUUGUUGUAAAAUUUAGAUGUAUUUAUCAGUAUAAUCUUGUCUAGGAUUUGAAAAACAAUUGGUUAUUUUGGCACAACAAAUAUGCUUCCUCCUUUUUA